AUGUGCGCCGACGCGCAGAUUGGGAAGCAAUGUGCGCCGAGGCGCAGAUUGGGAUUCGGGAGCAAUGUGCGCCGACGCGCAGAUUGGGAUUCGGGAGCAAUGUGCGCCGACGCGCAGAUUGGGAUUCGGGAGCAAUGUGCGCCGACGCGCAGAUUGCGAUUCGGAGACAAUGUGCGCCGACGCGCAGAUUGGGAUUCGGGAGCAAUGUGCGCCGACGCGCAGAUUGGGAAGCAAUGUGCGCCGACGCGCAGAUUGGGAUUCGGGAGCAAUGUGCGCCGACGCGCAGAUUGGGAUUCGGGAGCAAUGUGCGCCGACGCGCAGAUUGGGAAGCAAUGUGCGCCGAGGCGCAGAUUGGGAUUCGGGGCAAUGUGCGCCGACGCGCAGAUUGGGAAGCAAUGUGCGCCGAGGCGCAGAUUGGGAUUCGGGAGCAAUGUGCGCCGACGCGCAGAUUGGGAUUCGGGAGCAAUGUGCGCCGACGCGCAGAUUGGGAUUCGGGAGCAAUGUGCGCCGACGCGCAGAUUGGGAUUCGGGAGCAAUGUGCGCCGACGCGCAGAUUGGGAAGCAAUGUGCGCCGACGCGCAGAUUGGGAUUCGGGAGCAAUGUGCGCCGACGCGCAGAUUGGGAUUCGGGAGCAAUGUGCGCCGACGCGCAGAUUGGGAUUCGGGAGCAAUGUGCGCCGACGCGCAGAUUGGGAUUCGGGAGCAAUGUGCGCCGACGCGCAGAUUGGGAUUCGGGAGCAAUGUGCGCCGACGCGCAGAUUGGGAUUCGGGAGCAAUGUGCGCCGACGCGCAGAUUGGGAUUCGGGAGCAAUGUGCGCCGACGCGCAGAUUGGGAUUCGGGAGCAAUGUGCGCCGACGCGCAGAUUGGGAUUCGGGAGCAAUGUGCGCCGACGCGCAGAUUGGGAUUCGGGAGCAAUGUGCGCCGACGCGCAGAUUGGGAAGCAAUGUGCGCCGAGGCGCAGAUUGGGAUUCGGGAGCAAUGUGCGCCGACGCGCAGAUUGGGAAGGCAAUGUGCGCCGAGGCGCAGAUUGGGAUUCGGGAGCAAUGUGCGCCGACGCGCAGAUUGGGAUUCGGAGCAAUGUGCGCCGACGCGCAGAUUGGGAUUCGGGAGCAAUGUGCGCCGACGCGCAGAUUGGGAUUCGGGAGCAAUGUGCGCCGACGUGCUGAUUGGGAAGCAAUGUGCGCCGACGCGCAGAUUGGGAUUCGGGAGCAAUGUGCGCCGACGCGCAGAUUGGGAUUCGGGAGCAAUGUGCGCCGACGCGCAGAUUGGGAUUCGGGAGCAAUGUGCGCCGACGUGCUGAUUGGGAAGCAAUGUGCGCCGACGCGCAGAUUGGGAUUCGGGAGCAAUGUGCGCCGACGCGCAGAUUGGGAUUCGGGAGCAAUGUGCGCCGACGCGCAGAUUGGGAUUCAGGAGCAAUGUGCGCCGACGCGCAGAUUGGGAUUCGGGAGCAAUGUGCGCCGACGCGCAGAUUGGGAGCAAUGUGCGCCGAGGCGCAGAUUGGGAUUCGGGAGCAAUGUGCGCCGACGCGCAGAUUGGGAUUCGGGAGCAAUGUGCGCCGACGCGCAGAUUGGGAUUCGGGAGCAAUGUGCGCCGACGCGCAGAUUGGGAAGCAAUGUGCGCCGAGGCGCAGAUUGGGAUUCGGGAGCAAUGUGCGCCGACGCGCAGAUUGGGAUUCGGGAGCAAUGUGCGCCGACGCGCAGAUUGGGAUUCGGGAGCAAUGUGCGCCGACGCGCAGAUUGGGAUUCGGGAGCAAUGUGCGCCGAUGCGCUGAUUGGGAAGCAAUGUGCGCCGACGCGCAGAUUGGGAUUCGGGAGCAAUGUGCGCCGACGUGCUGAUUGGGAAGCAAUGUGCGCCGACGCGCAGAUUGGGAUUCGGGAGCAAUGUGCGCCGACGCGCAGAUUGGGAUUCGGGAGCAAUGUGCGCCGACGCGCAGAUUGGGAAGCAAUGUGCGCCGAGGCGCAGAUUGGGAUUCGGGAGCAAUGUGCGCCGACGCGCAGAUUGGGAAGCAAUGUGCGCCGAGGCGCAGAUUGGGAUUCGGGAGCAAUGUGCGCCGACGCGCAGAUUGGGAAGCAAUGUGCGCCGACGCGCAGAUUGGGAUUCGGGAGCAAUGUGCGCCGACGCGCAGAUUGGGAAGCAAUGUGCGCCGACGCGCAGAUUGGGAUUCGGGAGCAAUGUGGCGCCGACGUGCUGAUUGGGAAGCAAUGUGCGCCGACGCGCAGAUUGGGAUUCGGGAGCAAUGUGCGCCGACGCGCAGGAUUGGGAUUCGGGAGCAAUGUGCGCCGACGCGCAGAUUGGGAAGCAAUGUGCGCCGACGCGCAGAUUGGGAUUCGGGAGCAAUGUGCGCCGACGCGC